AUGCAUCAAUUUGAUCUAACUGGUAUACCUCACAAAACACUAUUCCAAUAUACUGAUUAUUUAGAGAACUAUUCCAAUCAAAAAAUAAAAAAUAUAGCCUUAAUUUGGUAUAAGAAAUAUCAAAAUAUAUUGAAGCCUAGUUUAGAAAUCACCAUACUCACAGCCAUCCAAAGCAUGAUAUAUCGCAGGUGUAAAAAAAUUAUCAAAAUCCAAAUUACAACACAUGAUGAUUUAUCAGAAAAAUGCUUAGAACAACUUUUAAAAAUAGUCAGCACUCAAACUAAGCUCAAGGAACUUGAUUUAGUUGGUUGUCAUAUUUAUAACAAUUUUGAUUUUACUCAAUAUAUAUUAGCAAAACCUCAAAGCUUAAGAAGACUAGUUUUUCAAAAAAUUAAAUUUGAUAAUUAUGACUUGAUUGAUUUUAUUCCAUGUUUAGAAGUUUUGGCAAUUAAAUUUUCAUCUGGUAAUCUUUUCAAAGAAAGCAAAAGUAAUUUACAAAAUCUUCAGAGAUUAGAAUUAGUUUGUAAUGAAAUAGAAUUAAACAGAUCUAUACUUAAUAUAAAAUAUGAAGACUUAAACAGUUUUUUACAUAAUCUGGAUACAGAAUUUGUUAAAUUAAAAGUUUUAGUAUUACCUCUUGAUAUUGAGCUUAAUCAACUUCCAAAUUUGAAGAAUUUUAUAAGACAAAAUAACUAUUUAGAGAAUUUAAAAAUAGUUAAAAAUUUCAAUAUCGAAAAGAAAGAAGAUUGCGAGAGAGAAAUAAUUGAUCUAUGUCAAGAAAGAAAUGUUAGAUGCAGUUUAAAAGUGCAGGAUGUUAGUCAACAACAACAGUUAUACGUGAUGGAUAUUCAAGGGGUCACAAUUCUAAAACCCUCAAAAAUUAUUUUCUAUUAUGAUUAG